UUAGGGCAUGCGCACUGCACUCGUAGCGCAACUGAGCUUGCUUUCCACGCGUGUAGAUUCCAUACUGUCUGGUAGAUUCACACUUUGUGAAAAGUCUGUUUAGAGGACAAAUUGUGAAAAUAUAAGCUGUAUUUUUCACCACUAUGGGAGGACAGGCAAAGGGAAAAAAGAAAAGCAAGCCGAAGAGGAAGGAGAACCGCCCAAACACAGAUGCAGGGUUUGUUGGAUUAUCACCUCAAGAAAGGAUGAAACUAAGAGUACAUGAAAAAGCCAAGAAGAAGACAGCUGAGAAGUACUCUGUGCAACAGCUACUAGAGAAGACAGAGGAAUGCAUGGACAGUUUUGACUUUGAGAUGGCUGGUCUUUUCUGUCAACGAGCCCUGGAUGUGGACUCCACCAACCUGCUAGCUCUAGACAUGCAGGGACACAUCUGCUCUGAACUAGGAGACACACAGAAAGCUAAAGGAGCUUUUCUGCGUGCAGUGGAGCUGAGCCCAGAUGUAGGCCACAGUAAGUAUAUGUACCUGGGACAAAUCCACACAGGCCAGGAGGCUGUGGACUACUACACUAAAGGAAUACAAGUCCUUCUGUCGGCAUUGGACAAACAAGUACAGACCACACAGGCUCAGGCCGGAGCUGCUGCCCCACCAGAUGAGGACACCGAGCUCCCCACAGCGAAGGAUGUUUGUGUAGCCUACUGCUCCAUGGCCGAGAUUUACCUAACAGACCUCUGCAUGGAAGAGGGAGCUGCAGACAAGUGCAAAGAUUUCAUUGAGAGAGCAUUACAGUAUCGCCAUGACAACCCUGAGGCUCUACAGCUCAUGGCAAGUUACCUGUUCAGUACAGAGAGAAACCAGGAAGGCAAAGAAUACCUGUUGAAGAGUGUUGCAUUGUGGCUACCUAUCCAGAAACAGAGUGCAGCGUCUUCCAGCACAGAGGAAGACAUGCAGAAUGAGAUUCCACCGUACGAGUCUCGCGUCACCACAGCCAAACUGCUCAUUGAGUCUGAGGAAUAUGAGAUGGCAGUAGAUGUGCUGGAGGGUCUUCUGGAGGAAGAUGAUGAGGUCGUCCAGGUUUGGUAUCUCUCCGGCUGGGUGUGCUACCUCCAGUUUGAAAAAGCAAAGGAGCAGCAAGAAAGAGAGGGAAGAGAAGUGAUGGAGGAGGACACGGAAGAGUGGAAGGCAUUGAAGGAGGCGGGCAGAUCAUACCUGACCAAUGCUAAGAAGCUGUACAGUAAGCUGCGAUGUGAUGACCAGCCGAUGUUGGAGCAUGUGGACCAGCUGCUAGGCGACCUGGGUGGAGAGCUGGAGGGAGAGGAGGGAGACCCAGUCUUGGAUGAAGACUAUGAACCCUGUAGUGAUGAAGAGGAGGAGGGUAAUGCAGAGGCACCCAUGGAACACUGACCACAGCCCCCUUGAUUGUAUUCUGCGAUUUAUCUCUCUCCCCCCACCAUCAUGUUUCCCUCUAGUUAAAUUUUUCUAGCGCACUCUCUGAAGUGAAGUGAGUUGUUUCUGGCUAUCCUUUUACACCAGUUUAUCAAAGAUGCAAUUUGAAAUCAGGUGAGAUGCAUAAAAAGAGUGGCAUUAAAAGCUGCAGUCUACUCAAUCUCAAUCUCUCAGUCAGUUGUUUACUGCUAUUGGUGAAAUAAGUGCAUACUUGAGUAAUGCUUCCCUUAAUCUCCUUGACAGAUGCUGAUGAAAGAAAUUAGUUUUAGAGCUUUACUUCUUACCAGCAGCAAAAGCAAAACACCUUUGAAUGUUUUUACCUCUUAUACACACACAUUGGUUCCUGCAAACAAACAUACACAGCACAUGUGCACAAACUGUACAAAAUUAUACAAAAGCUGCACAUUAAUUACUUUUGCUGUCCAUCAAUACAGCAGCAGCAGCAGCAACAGUGUUUUUCUCUCAGACUGCAGUGACGUGAAAUAUCUCAACGGGAUGUAAGCAUUAUUAGAAAACUGUGUCUGCCAACAAACAGUCAAAUCUAUCUUUACAUGUAACGGUUCUAAUAUUCCAAGUUUAUAUGCGAUUCUUAAAUGUUUACAUUAUUCAGUUUAUUCUGCUGCUUUGGGUUUUUUCCCCUUUUUUGUUAACUCAUUGGAUUCAACAAGGCAAGACACAAUAGAGAGAAUUUGACAUUAACUUAUGCAGCAUGCGUUUCUCUCUGCUAGGCUGUUCAAAGUGGCUGGUACAAUGCCUUUCAGAAGGGAGAGACGGGCAACUCUGUCUUCUUUUUUUCCCCAACUAGUUUUCACAUAGCAGCCUUUUAAAAUUCUCAGACAGGGUUAUGUAUUGAAAUGGCAUGGGCCAGUGUGAUGAAAUGGCACAAUAAUGGGCGUAUGCUUUUUACUUUCUUUUACAUAUUUUACAAUUGAGUGCAGCAAGGUAAAGAGCAAGAGUUUGUACCAAAUAGACAACAGCUACACAUGGAGCUACUCUCUAUGGACAGUAAAGAAUAUAAUGUUUUAACUCUUUUUGUAACUAACAGCAAGAAACAAUUUGCUUUAGCAAAAUUUGGAUUUACUGGCCCAAUUUAAUCAGUAUCUAAUUAAUUUUUAAACACAAUGAAACAUUUUUUAAACUUGUUUCUAUGCACCUUGCAAAAUAUAUUGGACACACACAACAGUGUGUCGAUCCCUGAUAUAGCUAUAUUUAUGAGUUUUUUUUCUCCAUAAACUGACAUUUUCUCCGCAAAUACCUUUAGUUGUGGGACUGUGACGUGCAUGCUGUAACACACGUACAGUAUACCACAGAGUUUAUCUCCAUGCACCAUGCCUGUUAACAAACACAACACACCACAGGCAUCUACUACUGCGCGGCCCCUUUGAAGAAUUUCAUAACCGGUAAAAAGGAACGUUAUCUGAGAUGCUGCUCCUGAUAGCGACCCCGCUACAAGCUGAGAGGCCUGUUCGGGAAUACAGGGGUUCAGAUACCAUGAUCUGAUUGUGUCCGUUUGUGUUUAAGGAGCAUAAAAUAAAGCUCAGGAGAACAAAUAUGAUAAUGUGUAUAUAUGCUGCAUAUAUUGAUAGCUUAAUGUGAUAUGAUGUGUUAUUUGUGGACCCGACUUUGCUGAGAAAUAUUCAUAUCUGUGAUGUUUAAUGUAUGAUAAUGCACCAGGAAUACAGGCCUAGAGGACUGACUACCUGGAGCGAUGCUGUCAUCUAGCAUUUGGCUUUAUAAGUGUGUGUGUGUGUGUGUGUGCGCGUGCGGGUGUGUGUGCGGGCGCGCGUCUCAUCUGCAGUGCGGUCUGAUUAAUGACUCCAAGGGUGAGUGAACAUCGGCGGUCAGCCCUUUCUGGUUAUUCUGAGCUGACCUAGUGUGAGUGGGUCAUAGUGGACACAAAGCCUCAGGUGAUCUCAAAAUCCUUGGCCAUUCUCGAACCUGUGUAUCAUCCUCAGCGCUGCAGGAAUGUUUUCUCUUGCUGAGAGAGGGGAGUGCAGUUUCUACACAAGGACACACAUUCAAUCACGUGGAAAGGACACUCACUGUUUACUUGCAUUCUUUCCCGCUCUAUGCUGAAAAUCGUUUUCUGAAAUGCCAGAAUGUCACUGAGAUGCCAAAGCACAGAAAUAAUCAGCCUUGUAUAAAUAUAUUGCCACUUCGCAGCAAUGCAAUGUUUUUGUCUUUGUUUCAAAUGUCCAUGAAUUAACAAAUAUAUGCAUAAACAAAAAAAUCAUUACAUUGCAUGCAUAGUUGGUGCCUGAGGUGCAUUCAUACAUAAAGCAGAUUUCUCUUUUUUUAUACCUGUAUGUCAAGAUGUCUUUGGUGACCAUAGCAGCAUGUGUUCGGUCUCCAGGGAAACCAACUCAUAAUAAGUAUUUGUGUGUGUGUGCCUGUAUGUGUUUUUUAAUAAUCGACGGUAAUGAGAUGAGCCGAGUGGAGAAUAAUCCUGGAUUAACAUCUUAAAAAUGCAUGUGUUGUCAUAACAACAUCCUGAUUGGGAUUUAAUACAAAUACACAAACACUCAGUAACCAUACACACACACACACACACACACACACACACGCACACGCGCGCACACACACACACACACACACGCACAGCAACCACCAAUUGUCUGUGCAUCAGAUAGCUGAAUGCUACAAGCUGUGUAUGCAUGUGCUGUUUCUCCCGUGUUGGUUUAUGUGUGUAUCGUUGACUUAAUUAGAGACUUAAGCGGGGUGCUCCUCUGAGGGGAUUAAAGGGAAAAUUAUCAGAAUCUGGAGACUUAAGGCUGAAACCAGUUAAACGGAAACAGGAGGAGGAAGAUCAGUACUCGGAGGAUAAAGGAGUUUGAGAGGCAGUUCUACUGUUUAUAUUCAGUCGCAUGUUCAUUUAUGUGAAUUGUCCUCUUGAAGUCCCGCACAAGCAUUCAGAUAUUUCUUCAAGGUGUACAAGCUAUUCUUCCAAGCUCUCAAAGCUGCUAUUUGGAUGUGUUUGAAUCAUGGAGUUUAAUGGAUAUUCAAUGAUAGAUAGAGAAAGGAAUUCAGACAAGCAGGACAAAGAAGAGGAAGGACAAUAUCGAUUUGAGGAUUGACAGAUAGACACUGCAUGUCACUCACCUACAUCCCUCUCUUAAUGCUGUGGCUGUGGAUUCAAACUGUGAAUUAAUGACGUAAUGGGAGCGAUGGUUGUCUGACCCAAGGCUUUUCCUGACAGCCACAGUGAGAAGCCAUGAAUCAAGUGACCUUUCUCCUCUUCAGUGCAACCAUUUGGGAUGGAUUUACUGGGUAGUGGAUGCAGUGUGUGUGACCUAGGAAACGCUCUGCAGCUGAUUGAUUGACACAAAGGGUUAAUACUCACAGCUUUGUGGGGAUUAAUGUGAUCAUUAAAAGGUGACGUGGUUUGUCUCAGACUGGUCUUAUUGGGAAAAUGUGUGUUUUUCCUCUAAUCCAUAAGGCAAGAGGUCGCUGUCCAUUAUAUGAUUCCUUUGAUUGUUUUACUGUGUAUGAAAUAUUUGUUGAGGAAAUGUUUCCGUGAGAACUGUUUUUCUCUCCAUUGUGUCCUGCAGAAACUCAUUACAUCUUAUAAUUAACUCCGAAAAGUCAUCUUUAUCAUUGAUCUGCAUUUUUAGUCAAUAUGGCUAUUUUAGACUAUCCUGCUGCUUCUAUUGUCUGAGGGUUGAAUGUGUUCAUAAAUCUCUGCAUGCAUGAA